UGUAAACUAUCGCCUCACUCUGGCCUUCAUGUGUAAUGGCGGACAGCGUAAAGUUUUAAAACUGAAAACUUGCAACCAACGAGUGAAAAAGAAAAGCAGCUAAAAUGAGAGCAGCGUUUUCUCCGCCGUGUCUUUCCUCCUCGUGUCAGGUGUUCAGAGUCCAGACAGGUGACCUUCAUGUCGCCCAACUGAAAGUGAAACUAAAAGCGAAACAGCUAACGUUAGCUAACGUCAGCUAGCCGCGGGCUGUGACGGGAAACACACGGAUCAGAUUCAGCCUCCUGCAGUCUCACCCUGCACCAAAGGAAAAUGAGGGAAGUGACAGCGUGUGCAUUGUUCAUCCUUCUCUUCGAUGCCGUGCUGUGUGUGGCACUGUGGGCCGGACUGGUGCUGCUCAAGUGCUCCAGUUAUGGUGGGCUGGAAGGUGUGUGGGCCUUUGGGGCAGCACGUUGGGCCAGUCUCCACGUUUUCACCUCCGUACUGACUGAUGGAAAGCCCCAGGCCGUGCUCCGCAGGUGGGUGGCACUCCUCUGCCUUCUGUCUCCUGUGUUUGAGACUGGACGGGUCUUCAUGGCACCUCCCUCAGAGCCUUACACGGGACCUUCACCUGACCCCAGCAUGCUGCUCCUGGGCCCCGUGUCGUCGUCACUGGCCUGUGUGAUUUGGGAGAAGGGCCUCUGCGGUGAUUCAAAGCCGAGGAAAGACGACAUUAAACUGAACGCCAGGCGGCUGCUGGUGAGGCUGCUGAAAUACUUCAAACCAGACACCUUUUACCUGAUCGCAGCUUUCACUUUCCUCAUCUUGGGUGUCAUCUGUGAUACAUACAUCCCUCUGUAUCAGGGGAGGGUUAUUGAUAUGCUGAGAGGUGGAGCACAUGAAACCAGCUUCUGUUCUGCAGUGGGACAGCUGGCUCUUAUCUCUCUGGGAAGCGCUCUGUUCUCUGGCUUAAGAGGAGGCAUAUUUAUGUGCACUCUGGCCAGACUGAACAAGAGACUGAAGCACCUACUGUUUCACACCCUCCUGCAGCAGGAAGUGCACUUCUUCGACGAGAACAACCCCGGCCGUCUUUCCUCCCGCCUGCACUCUGAUGUGGACAGGAUGGGCCGCACGGUCGCGCUGAACGCCAACGCACUGGUUCGCAGCACAGUCAAAACCUGCCUCAUGCUCAGAGUGAUGUUAGGUCUGUCCUGGGAGCUCACUGUGCUCACCUGCAUAGAGAUGCCGCUGCUGGCCGUCAUUCAGAACAAAUACAUCACCUUGUCCCAGGACCUGAAAGAUCAGAUCCAGGACUGCCAAGCUCAGAACAAAGACCUGGCUUUCCAGACGAUCAGCAAGAUUCAAACGGUCCGAAGCUUCAACGCAGAGAAAGAUGAACUGAGGAGGUAUAACGAGGCUCUGGACCAAAUGUCCGCUGUGAAGACACGUUCAGGAAUCUACAGUGUCGUCUUCGGCUUUAUACGAAGGGUAAGGUGGCAGCACGAUGCGUUCAUGAGUCAUAUCAGUCGACUUAUCUUGGAAGCACCAGAAUGUUUUGAGGUUUGCACUGCACUAUCACUAGUGUGUGUAUUAACCUCGUGUAUUCAGAUGGCCCUGGUAUCCCAGAAUCCUGUGCUGUUUUCUGGAUCACUGAGAUACAACAUUGAGUACGGCCUGAAGGACUGCACCAUGGAGAAGGUGAAGGAAGCUGUGAAGAGGGCCAAGGCAGACGACUUCAUCUCUGAGCUGAAGGACGAAUAUGACACAGACAUCGGGGAAUGUGGUGGCAGACUCUCUGAUGGGCAGAGGCAGUGCAUCGCCAUCAUCAGAGCUCUGGUUCGAGAGCCGCAGGUCAUCAUACUGGAUGAGGCCACCAGCAAACUGGAUGUUGAAGUGCAGCAUACUGUGCUGCAGGAGGUUCUGGCGUGCGGUCGGACCGUCCUGGUGGUGGCUCAUCAGCUGAAGACUGUGGAGAAAGCAGAUCACAUCAUUUUCAUGGAGAAGGGGGAAGUCGUGGAGGAGGGGACGCACCAAGAGCUCAUGGCCAAGAGAGGACGCUACCAUCGUUUGAAAGAGGAACUGUUCCUUUAACUCCGCUGAGAAAAGCUUUCUGCGACGAUUUUAGGUGCAAUAAGUGAUUGGAAUGUUAAGAAAAAAGUCGUCCUGACCUGGUGACCCUCCUGUUUUUCAUCUAAUAAGAAUCUGUUGAUACAAAAAGCAUCUAGUUCAUGAAGGGGUUUCGUCUGUCUGUUUCAUAGGUGCAACAUGUGUGCGUAAAUGAUGUCUAUGUCUUAGAAGGCUCAACAGUUUGAUGUCGUCACACAGACAAAGGUGACAUUAGAAAUAAUUGACACUUUAAUGCACCUCAAAGUGCAGCUCACGGGUCAAUGGUGGCCCUCAGAAACAUUUUGUGCAGCUCGCAAUCAUGACAUGAAAUGCAUGCAUUAUAUUUUAAUCAACCACAAUCCAUUUCAGUUCUUUCACUUUCAGUUCUGACAUUUAAUACGCUCCUGAACUGCCCCCCCUCACAGGCGUCUGUCAGGUUAUACUGGCCCUACACACAACAACUUCUCACAAACUUCCAGUGACGGAGUGAAAUCAUGAGUUUGUCCCUCAGCUGUCUGACAUUAUUCUACGUUUUUAGUCUUGGCCUCGUGCAAAUACUGAAGUUCAAUGACGUGAACAUUGUCUGCAACCAACAGCUGCUCUCUCCAGCACCAAACAGGAAGCAGUAAACCAGGUAGACAGUAAACAUGGAGGGACUCUAGGGAGACGCAAGAAUGUGACCAAAUCUCAGUUUCUUGUUUUGAGGAAAAGAAGGAGAAACUGGUGGAGUUGUGAGUGAGCAGGAGUCUGUGUUUAAUUUGGCGUAUUUCUGAUCCACCAACCAGCACUUAUUGUAGUGAGAAAUAUUAACAGUUGGCCUCUCAGUCCCACAGUCUCCUCCCACUGACAUAGCAAAGCUAACCAACAGAGGCUGGCAGUGAGCUGAGGCAACAACAUCCAAAAUGUAAGGUUUGUACACAAAUACAGUUUAUCUACAUGGAGUGUGUUGAUGCAGAGUUUACAAGAAUACUGUCCACACGUGGCGCCUUUUAUCUUGUUUUACUAGAGUUACGUGUUUUUGGAGACACAUAAGGAAUUCCUAAUUUUAUGUUUUAUCAAAGGGAGUUUUUAAAGUCUCCCAGUGUGUGGGAAGCAUCAAGGAUGACAACUUGUAGUGGCUCCUACCGUCGCAGGAGUUAUGUUCCGUUAUCGCUGCCAGUGCUGUAAACUGUAGUGGCUAUUAUCUACAGUUAGCUGCAGUUAACUACACUUAGCUGCAGUUAACUACAGUUAGCUGCACUUAGCUACAGUUAACUACAGUUAGCUGCAGUUAACUACAGUUAGCUGCAGUUAGCUACAGUUAACUACAGUUAGCUACAGUUAACUACAGUUAGCUGCAGUUAACUACAGGUAGCCAUAGUUAGCUACAGUUAACUACAGUUAACUACAGUUAGCUGCAGUUAGCUACGGUUAGCUGCAGUUAGCUACAGUUAACUACAGUUAGCUACAGUUAGCUGCAGUUAGCUACUGCUCACACUGUAGUCAGACUGUAGUCAGACUGUAGCAGCAGAAGCACUUAAUGUAUUAACAUGCUGUUUCUUUGCCUUGUUGUUUGUGACGUCAAGUUUCAGUGAGACAAAGUUAGGCAGUAAUUUACACUGUGGGAGAAAAAUGAUCUUUGCUACGACAGGUAACCACGCACCACCAAGCGAAAUGAUCACUAGCAACUGUUUUCAUGAUACACACCAGUUCUAUUGAAACAUGGUGUGCUGCAGUUUUGUGUGUGGUUUGUCAUGUUGUUCUCCUGCUGUGGGUACAAUCGAAGCCAAACACUGUCCUGUCCAUGUCACUACUUUCAAAUGUAUUAAAAAUUAAAAGUUAUUUAAGUGUUA